CAUCAGCACAGGCUCGUCGCGUUGCCAUCACAACAACUUUUCAAGGAUUCAUCUUCCACAUUAGAUAUAAUGGCCGAUACAGAAGAACAAAUCGAAGCGGCGCCGGCCGUCGAGCAAGAAGGGCAGGACAUGGCGGUAGCGACGACGAAUACCGAGGUUGCAGCGCCAACCGGAAAGAAAGUCGUCAAGAAGAUAAUUCGCAAGAAGAAGCGACCUGCGCGCGCCCAAGUCGACCCCGAUUUCGUCACAUCAGAACCCCCGCCUCAGACCGGCACAAUCUUCAACAUUUGGUAUAACAAGUGGUCUGGUGGUGAUCGAGAAGACAAGUACCUAUCGAAGACCAAGGCGAAGGGUCGCUGCAAUGUUGCGAAGGACAGCGGAUAUACCAACGCCGACGCGAUGCCUGGAAGCUACUUCUGUUUACGUUUUGCGCGCGGCGUUUGUCCCAAGGGUCAAGACUGCGAAUUUCUUCAUAGGCUACCUGGACCAUACGAUCACUUCAACCCCAAUGUCGACUGCUUUGGACGCGACAAGUUUUCCGAUUACCGAGACGACAUGGGUGGUGUCGGAAGUUUUAUGAGGCAGAACAGAACAGUGUAUGUUGGAAGGAUUCAUGUUACAGACGAUAUCGAAGAGAUUGUGGCGCGACACUUUGCAGAAUGGGGCCCUGUCGAGCGCAUUCGUGUUCUCAACACCCGAGGUGUCGCCUUUAUCACAUACGUCAACCAAGCCAAUGCCGAAUUUGCCAAAGAGGCCAUGGCACAUCAAUCUCUCGACCACGAGGAAGUGCUCAACGUUCGCUGGGCAACAGCCGAUCCCAACCCCAUGGCGCAAGCUCGAGAAGCGCGCAAAAUCGAGGAGCAAGCCGCUGAGGCUAUUCGAAGAGCCCUUCCCGCAGAAUUCGUCGCUGAAAUCGAAGGCCGAGAUCCCGAAGCGAGAAAGCGACGGAAGAUCGAAAGCAGCUAUGGUCUUGAGGGAUACGAGGCGCCCGAUGAAAUCCACUUUGCCCGAGGCACUCAGGCAGUAAACCCCCUGGGUCGAGAAGGUUUUGAAGUUGAAUAUCAGGAACGGCCAAUGAUUGAAAACGGAGAGUCCGGCGAACCACCAGCUCAAGUUGAAGAGCAGCAGCCUCAGCCUCAACAAGAGACUGGUGGUAUCUUCUCAGGCAGCACCCUCGCGGCUCUUAACAAGGCCAAGGUCUCGGUGGCAUCGAAACCGAAAGCAGCGGCUACAACAGGACCUUUGGUGGCAUACGGCAGUGACAGCGACAGCGAUGAUGAAUAGGGACAAGGCGUUUUGAUUGAUUUUUAGAAAUGCAAAGAUAUUUUGUAUUACAAUAAUGAUACCACAAGCAGCAUACGAUAUCAGCUGUUGAAAAUUCUAGAGUACAAUGUCUCAUGCCGUCCAAUCCAUAAAUCCAUAAUAGGCACUGUUUGCCCAGCCUCUUCAACGGGAGUAUUCCACUCUCGAUCGAUCAUGUUGUCGAUCAGCUUCUGUACUUGCUGCCCAGCCAAAACCUUUUGCGCCUGGUAGGGACCAAAGACACUUGCUCUCACCGCAGCAGAUAUCAACGCCUUGACAUGACUCAGCAUGAAGACAUAUGCUGUCUGUCGCAAACCCAGUCCUACAAGCGCGCAUAUCGCUCCAAACAGCGGCGCCAGAUGCGCAGAGACAAGAGGCACUUCUUUCUGACUUUCACGUCUUAAAAAUGCUGCAAAUUCCCUCAACGGACGCCCAUCAACAUCUGGACAGCUGGCACGGAACGACCGCUCCCAGAUUCCUAGUAGUGCACGACCCUGUGCAACGCUCGCACGUCGACCAACAGUACAAAUGAUAGCAGCGUCGAGCUGAUCAUCUAACUGAGGAAGAGAAUCCGGGUCGCGGUGCGCGGCUAGGACAAAGGGUAGUGUUGUCGCGGCGAACGAUGAAAGCGAUGAAGGAAGAAAGGAGGCAAACGAUGCCGAGG